AUGGAUGUGCACUUGAAAGAUCUCACUUUCACCCUGAAAAAGCUACAGACCAAAGAAAGUGCAAAGGACGCAACGGGAACAAUGGCAGAGAAGGGUAAUGAAGGGGCGGAAAGGACGAAGCAGAAGACGGAGGAGGUGGCGGCAUCGACCGGAGAGACACUGAAUGUGGGGGAGAAGGCGAAGCAGGGCGUGCAGGGGGCAUGGGACAUGGCAAAGGACACCACACACAAGAUUAAUGAAACCUUGAUUGGGAAGGAUGAUGAUGAUAAUGAUGGUGUUCUGAACGAUGAUGUUGUAGAGUUGAAGAGAAGAGUUGAGAAGAGUUAUGGUGACGAAGACGAUGAAGAAGACACAAAACAAGGUGCCAGCGUGCCCUUUUUUUAUGUCGUCUAG